AUUGGUCAGUAUGAUUCACAUGUAACGAGACGUGACUUUCUUACAGUUUUCAGAUAUAUUCUUCGAGUUUAGCGCUGGCUCGACUCGAGAAAUGCCUGAGCAGAAUGUCAGCGAUCAGUAUCCAACAUGGGUCGGACUCGUGUAUAUCUUUAAUCUCAUUGUCGGAACAGGCGCCUUGACAUUACCCGCGGUAUUUAGCCGAGCAGGAUGGGCACUCGGAUUAAGUGUCAUUUUAGUGUUGGCGUUCAUCAGUUUUAUCACGGUUACAUUCGUCAUAGAAGCGAUGGCCUCUGCCAAUGCUAUCGUUACAUGGAGGCACAUCCAGCAUCGAAAACGCGUUUUACAAAUUAUAGGUGAAUCUGGUUCUUCUAAUUCAGAUUCAGAGGAUACCCCACUGGUAGCUCCUCUUUCGAUCAGUCCAGAUCAUUCAGAUAUGACAUGCAGAUAUUAUGUGAUCUAUGAUAAGAUAGAAAUGGGUCAAAUGGCAUCCAUCUUUUUCAACAAAUUUGGCACUACUUUAUUUUACUUAUGUUUUGCUGUAUAUUUAUAUGGAGAUUUAAGCAUUUAUAGUGCGGCAGUUGCAAAAUCACUAGCAGAUGUUGCCUGCACUUAUCUGCCAAAAAAUCUUACGUGCAACGACACCAUACCAGAUACUGAAUUUUGUUGGGAAGGUUCUACGUUUAAUCGAUUGGAUGCAUAUAGAGUGUUCCUGACUACAUUUGUAUUAUCGUUGGGCCCAUUUGUAUUUUUUAACGUACAAAAGACCAAAUAUCUUCAACUAUUGACUUCGGUAAUGCGAUGGAUCGCAUUCACCGUAAUGAUCGUGUACGCUUUGAAGAAUCUUUUGGUACAUGGUCCUCGUGGUGAUCCACCUAUUGCGAGUUUAACCGGAAUUCCUAGUCUUUUUGGCGCUUGCGUUUACUCUUUCAUGUGUCAUCAUUCAUUACCAGCUCUGGUUGCACCCAUAACAAACAAGUCUAAAUUAAAUCGAUUUUUAGCUCUCGAUUAUACUCUAAUCGCUCUCUUUUAUUUAUUAUUGGCUCUAACAGGUAUCUUUGCCUUUGAUCGUUUGGAUGAUCUGUAUACUUUGGAUUUUGGGCCACGUGGUUCCGGUGACUGUUCCAAGACAAAGAGUAUGUCUUCCAAUGGUAGAUCGCAUAGUCAAAGCGUAACAAUAGAUCAUUCCAACAUGAAAGUACAAAUAUUACCAGCGCUUCAAGAUAAUUAUAUGUAUCUGAUCAUCGACGAAGAGACAAAAGAGGCUGCCAUCGUAGAUCCCGUCGAUCCAGAAGCCGUGGCUACAGCUGUCGAACAAAAUAAUGUCAAGCUAACAAAAGUUUUAACCACUCACCAUCACUGGGAUCACGCUGGAGGAAAUGCCAAAUUAUUGAAAAACUUUUCCGAUGUCAUCGUAUAUGGUGGAGAUGAGAGAAUAGAAGCCAUUAAUCGUAAAAUUACGCACAAUGACACAUUCAAUAUCGGUAGUCUCGCGGUCAAGUGUUUCGCGACACCUUGCCAUACGCGUGGGCACAUUUGUUACUAUAUUACAGGAACAGGAGAACAUUCGCCAUCCGUGUUUACAGGAGAUACGCUUUUCGCCGGAGGCUGCGGGAGAUUUUUCGAGGGUACUGCGGAUCAAAUGUACAGGGCACUCGUCGAAAUUCUAGGUUCUUUACCCGAAGAGACGAAGGUAUAUUGCGGACAUGAAUAUACGGUCAAUAAUCUCAAAUUCGGUUUACAUGUGGAACCCGAUAACAUGGCAAUUCAACAAAAAUUGGAUUGGGUAUAUAUUCAACGCGCUAAUAAUCUUCCGACAGUGCCUAGCACUAUUAAAGACGAAAAGCUGACAAACCCAUUUAUGAGAGUACACGAACCUUCCGUCAUGAAACACACGCAGCAAGACGAUCCUGUUCAGACAAUGUCGUAUCUAAGGUGUGAAAAGGAUAGUUUUAAAGCUUAAUCUUCGACAAAAAUGUUUUUCUCUCAAAUAUUAUCGAUUAUUUGUGAAUUAUCAAUGUAAUAUAAAUUUAAACAAAAAAGAGGUAGUAUAUCAAUUCGAGUGGUCGAAUGAAGUCAUUAUACACUUUGUAAUAAAUACAAGUGAAUUUUCAUCAUUUA